GUAUUCAGUGCUGAUUUUAUAGUAGUUUUGAAUCUGAUUUUCAAUUAUUAUUUUGUGAGAUUCCGAAUCUGAUUUGGUAUUUUUGUUGUGUGUUUUAUAGUUUUAGCAACCAUACUUCGAUAGUUAGGCGUCUAUAGUGACGUAAAUGUUUUUUGUUUCGUGUAAAUUGAAGGCAAAACAAAUCGUGGGCCAUGGUAAUGAAUCAGUGAAUGUUGAUGCUUCCCAUAAAGACAGAUGAGUGCCUCUAGUCCUUUUCUUCAUUGUUUACAAAAUAUUCUCUCUGCGCACAAACCUCUAAAGAAAACAAAAACUAUUCUAGAUCGAUACAUAGUUACAUAGAGAGAUAGAGAGAUGGAAGGACACGGCGGAAGACGGUGGCCACUGGUGGUGCUAGCAUCAUCUCCGUUUCAUGGCCACAUGACCCCUACUCUUCAGCUCGCCAAAGCCCUUCAUGCCCAUGGGUUCUCUAUAGCCAUUGCUCACUCCAAUUUAAACCCUCCUAACCCUUCUAACCAUCCCUCCUUCAUUUUUCUCCCACUUUCCGACAACUUAUCCACUAUUGAUGACUCCGGUAGCUUCAGUAAUUUCAUCCAGACUCUCAACAAAAACUGCAAACCAUCCUUCCAAGAACACUUGACUCGAUUAAUCGGUGAACAAAAUAGAGGAAAUAAAUCAAUCGUUGUCAUCUACGACCACCUUAUGUUUUUUGCGGGAACCGUCGCCGUCGAUAUGAAUCUUGCCGCCAUAGUCUUCCGCAGUUGCAGUGCAGCGUACUUUCCGGCUUACCUUGUCCGUCAGCAGCUCCAUCAAGAAAGCAGAUUUCUUGAACAAGAUUAUGUGAUGCAGGAGAUGGUGCCAAAUCAUCAUCCCCUCAGGUACAAAGAUCUGCCCUUUUCAAAAUCACCUGUUGAAGAUAUGCAGCAACUAGUAGCCAUAAUGAGCCAAUCGAUACGACCCUCUGCAGUUAUUUGGAACACCAUCAAAGUUCUCGAACAUGAAGCCUUAACCCAAAUCCAGAAUCACUACCAGGUUCCAGUUUUUGCAGUCGGACCUCUGCACAAAAUAGCACCAACUAAUCCCCCUACAAAUUUUCUCGAAGACGACACUAGUUGCAUUGCUUGGCUCGAUAAACAAGCUCCCAAAUCCGUAAUUUACAUAAGCUUUGGAAGCUUAAUGACUUUGGACAAGAAACUGCUCACCGAGAUGGCAUGUGGGAUAGCCAAAAGCAACCAGCGGUUCAUAUGGGUGGUUAGACCGGGUUCAGUUUGUGACUCGGAAUGGACUGAGUUCUUGCCGGAGGGUUUCAUAGAGGAGACGAGAGAACGUGGCUUGAUUGUAAAAUGGGCGCCCCAAAAGGAAGUGUUGGCCCAUUUUGCUGUUGGUGGAUUUUGGAGUCAUUGUGGUUGGAAUUCGACAUUGGAGAGUAUUUCGGAAGGUAUUCCGAUGAUAUGCCAACCGUUUAAUAUAGACCAAAUGGUGAAUGCACGUUACGUGAGUUAUGUAUGGAAGAUAGGGUUGGAAUUGGAGGAUUUAGAGAGUGGGGAAAUGGAAAGUAUGAUUAGGAGAGUUAUGGUGGAUGAAGAAGGGGAGGAGAUGAGAGUUAGAGCAAUCGGAAUGAAGGAAAUGGUUAAAGAAGCAGUGCAAAAUGAUGGUUGUUCAUAUGAUUCGUUGGAGGAGUUAGUGGGUUUCAUCUCGUCGUGUUGAUAGUCAAGAAAUGUGGUGAAUCUGCAAGGGAUGAGCAUAUGACACGUGGGAUCGAACCGGGCCAAAAAAAAACUGGGGCGGACCCUAUCCGAACCGGAUUAUCAUAUUAGUGGGCCGGUUUUCAGGUUUGAUUUCUAUCAAUAAUCGGGUUUCAGAGUUGGACCGGCGAAUUAAAUGAUUUAACACGGACUAGACCGGAAAACAAAAAGUUAUUUAUUUUAUUUUUUUAUUGACAAACAGUAAGUGAGAAUUACCAAAAUUUAAAAAAAAAAAAAAAUUGUUGUCCAAUUGAAUUGAUUCGGCCUCUCCAAUUGAUCACAUUAUAGU